AUGGAGGUUAACAUUGAGAAGUUGAACAAAUUGGCUGCCCAGGUCAGAACUGGUGGUCCAGGCUCAGUCCGCAGAAAGAAGAGAGUCGUUCACAACAACACUGGUAACGACAGCAGACAGCUCCAGGCUAAGUUCCAGUCCCUUGGAAUCAGACCAACCCCUGGCAUCGAUGAGGUCAACCUCUUCAAGGCCGACGGCACCAUCAUCCACUUUGACAACCCAAGCGUCAUGACUGCCCAAAAGACCUUUGUCGUCUCUGGUACCGCUCAGCACAAGCAAAUCCAGGAGCUCCUCCCAGGUAUCCUCCAGCAUAUGGGUGCUGAGUACCUCUCCAACCUCACCAAGAUUGCCGCUCAGAUGCAAGGCAAGGGUGCUGUCCAGCAGGACUCUGAUGAUGUCCCAGAGCUAGUUGGCAACUUCGACCAGACUGCCUAA